UUGUCAGAGGCGGGAUGUCCGCAAGUCGGACAUGUGAAUCAUAAUCGUAUUCGAACCACGGUGCAUAACUUUCGAUUUCAGAUCGGCUGACUAUGCAGGCACACCUACAAAUGGACCCCGAAAAAUCCAAAACAACUUCAUUGUCAGGCGAUAAUGGCCGGGCAUUAGCACAAAAUCAAUAUAAAUCAAUUCCCGGGCUUCGAACUUGUAUUUUUUUUCGGUGACAAUGCGUAUGAGUUCGCCUUUUGGUUGCACCGAUUCCCGGUUUAUGCUAUUUAGCUUCCUCGUCUGAUAUUCCGAGAACAGUUCCCAGAGAGCUGAAUUGAUUAGAUGAAGCUUCCUCUAUAGAAAUCGAAAGCUUCCUUUUCGGCCUCGUCAAAUGUAUUUUGGCCAGUUUCAAUUUAACUUUCGAGCGCAGCAGAUCGCGUCGCCUUAACUCUGCUGCCUCACAACGGUUUAAGCUCGGAUACUGACUUUGAUUCAGGUUCGGAAUCGGUUUCGCCUUCAGAAGUCUAUCAGGUUCAAGAUCCACAGCGUAAAAACAAACAUUUGGAAUAAUUUUAAUUAGGCGACAAUGUCGUUUGGCAAGAUUGUGGUGCUCCUGGUCCUUAUCCACCUCAGCCAUUGUCUCGGAGACACUGCCCCGUUUUUGGCCAGGACCAUUUACUACCGGAAUACCCCGCCCGAUCCCUUUGGUCACUACGACUUCGAGUUCCAGACCACCAAUGGGAUAACCACCAAGGGAGCUGGAAACGAAAAUGGAGCCGUAGGUGUGGUUCAGUUCGUGUCCCUCGAGGGCAUUCCCGUAACCUUCUCGUACGUGGCCGAUGCCAAUGGGUAUCAGCCCACCGGAGAUCAGAUUCCGGCCAUUCCGCUGCACGUAAUCCGCCAGUUGGAGUACAUCCGCACACAUCCGCCGGUGGACGAGCGUCGCUCGAGGCGUUGGUAAAACUCGACGAUAUUAAAACAAUUAUAUAUUGACACUGAAAUAGCUGUCGAUUGUCUGGCCGAACACCGUUACAGUUGCAGAAUAUUAUUAUUUCGUAUUUAUGUUUAUUGUUUUUCCAUGCAAAUGGGACGUACGAAGGAACAACAACAGAGCCAGCAACAAAAUCAUGCCAAAAUAUAUAGCAAG